GGAUCUAAAUGCUUAAGAUCCUGACGCUAUGUUGACACCACUUCGAAUGAACAGCCUGUAGCCUACGAUUUGGAAGUCAGCGUAUUUUUACUAUGGUCUAUUGGCUGUUUCACCUUUCUCUAAAUUCAUUGGAAACAUAGUCUUGCGCAAAUUUAACAUAACUGCAGAAACACGAAAGCCAGAGUUGCCUGGGUAAUGUCUUUAUUCAAUUCGCAUGAACGUGUGUAGGCUACUUCGUUGCAGAUGUACACGGCACUGCAUCUAUUUGGCGAGCCGUAGUACUCUUUGUAAAUAGAAAAAAAGUGUCGCUAUUAAAUAAGAUGUUUGGUGUCGUUUCCUAUACAUAUAUUUCAUACUCCUGUUAAUUAUGCUGCAAGUAAUAGUACUACAUUGUAGUUUCAAGUAACUUCGCCAGUGGGCUUUCUGGCUUUCCGACCUAUGUAUACAAACCCCCUAUUUCUCCAAAUUUCUAACUCAUUCGUGCAAAUAACACAGAUCUGAUUAGCAUGUAUGCAUGGCCUACUGUUAAUUGUUAACAUUGUGCGUGCUAUUUGGGGGCAAUUUGGAGUAAUGACGUUUACGGUUGUCAACAAUUCUGCAAGGGUUAAAGGCAGCCCGUAUCCGUCUCCAUACAUUUUGUAGAGGGAAUAGAGAUCAGCUGUGGGAGGUGCCUCACGGCUACUGACGUGCAAAGCCCAAAUGACUCUGAUUUGUCAAUAUGGAACUGGGCGUUAGCUUUUGGUAGACAAAACUCCUGCAUCUACAAUUAUAUGGUUAAAAAUCUUCCAAGCUACUCCAGGAGUACGAAUGGGAUAGCCUACAUCGUGAACGACAAUUUAAUUCCACGUUCCUUUGCCUUUGGAAAUAACAUAUGAGACAUUGUAGCUAUUGUGGAGGCUUUUGUAACACUUUUUAACUGAGGUAGUUUAUUACACUGAUAUGGGAGUAAAGUGAAUUUUCGUAUACAUCCAGGAUGCGAUGGAAAAGAGGAGAUUGUAACUGCUUUGGAAUUAUUCAACUGGACGGAUACUUUGAUGUUGCUGUGCAAAUAUUUUCAGGGUGUGUAGGAGUUUGAUUUACGGCCCACUAGUUCAUCACACUAAUUACACUACUACCGUAAGGCACUGUGGGAAUAAUUGUUUAAAUCUAUUGCGAGCAAUUUUUAUGUAGUCUACAUCAACUUGUGAAUCGGUUGCCAGGUGAUUGGCUCGCUGAUGCCAGCACCCCCGGAUUGCCUUUAUGGCCGGAUCAUGAAGUUUUUGACAUUUUUCCUUUUGCUUCCAGAAACCUUGAAAAGGACCAAAAAGGGUGGGAAGCAGUCCGGCAAGCUGCCAGUAUGCUAUGAAAUUGUGACUUUGUCCUUGAAGAAGAAGAUGGCUGCAGAACUGUACCCUGCCAGCAUCAACACCAACCUCCCGAACAGCAACGACGCCGCAGUGACUGCUGCCAGCAAAAAAAGCAUCGUCCAGGUCACCCAAACGGUGACCGUACCGACUACGACUGCUACCCAGCAGAAUAUCAACAACAACAACGUUGAGACUAGCAGCUGGCAGUCAACUCACCCGACAUUGCGAGAAAGGAAUGCCUUGAUGUUCAAUAACGAACACAUGGCAGAUGUACAUUUCAUUGUGGGUCCUCCUGGCGAAUCACAGAAAGUUCCAGCUCACAAGUAUGUAUUGGCUGUGGGAAGCUCCGUUUUUGGUGCCAUGUUUUAUGGCGACCUAGCGGAAGGGGAGUCUGAGAUUCAUAUUCCAGAUGUGGAGCCUGCUGCUUUCUUAAUUCUCUUAAAGUAUAUGUACAGCGACGAGAUUGAACUGGAGGCGGACACGGUGCUGGCCACCCUGUACGCCGCCAAGAAGUACAUCGUGCCUGCCCUGGCCAAGGCCUGCGUCACCUUCCUGGAGACCAGCCUGGAGGCCAAGAACGCCUGCGUGCUGCUCUCCCAGAGCCGCCUCUUCGAGGAGCCCGACCUGACGCAGCGCUGCUGGGAGGUGAUCGACGCCCAGGCGGAGCUGGCGCUGCGCUCCGACGGCUUCUGCGAGAUCGACCUGCAGACCCUGGAGAUCAUCCUGCGCCGGGAGACCCUCAACACGCGCGAGGCUGUGGUCUUCCAGGCUGUGCUGGACUGGGCCGUGGCCGAGUGCCGGAGGCAAGGGCUGGGGGCCACGGCGCGCAACAAGCGGGCCGUGCUGGGCAAGGCGCUGUACAUGGUGCGCAUUCCCACCAUGACGCUGGAGGAGUUUGCCGACGGGGCGGCCCAGUCGGACGUCCUGACCCUGGAGGAGACGCACAACGUCUUCCUGUGGUACACGGCCGCCAACAAGCCCAAGCUGGACUUCCCCCUGGCGCAGAGGACGGGCCUGGCCCCGCAGAGGUGCCACCGCUUCCAGUCGUCCGCCUACCGGAGCAACCAGUGGCGCUACCGGGGCCGCUGCGACAGCAUCCAGUUUGCGGUGGACAAGCGGAUCUUCAUCGCCGGGCUGGGCCUGUACGGCUCGAGCGGCGGGAAGGCCGAGUACAGCGUCAAGAUCGAACUGAAGCGCCAGGGGACCACCUUGGCGCAGAACCUGACCACAUUCGUGUCGGACGGUUCCAGCAGCACGUUCUCGGUGUGGUUCGAGCACCCCGUCCAAGUGGAACAGGACGCUUUCUACACGGUCAGUGCCGUGCUGGAUGGGAACGAGCUGAGCUACUUUGGACAGGAAGGCAUGACGGAGGUGCAGUGUGGGAAGGUGACCUUCCAGUUCCAGUGCUCCUCAGACAGCACCAAUGGCACGGGAGUGCAAGGGGGCCAGAUCCCCGAACUUGUCUUCUAUGCAUGAGCCAUAGUUCCACUUCACCAACAUCCAUGCAGAAGUGCAUUUUGCCACUGGAUUUGACCUACUGGGAGGGUAGCUGGAGGGUCCGAAACAAGUUCUUGCCUUCUUCGACAAUGUAGCAAUGGGAUAUGACGUAAACACAGAAGGCUUCUAAGACCUUUGACAUGUUUUGAGGGACGGAAUGCUCUUCAGUUCUAUUUAUUGAAUAUAUAAAAGUCCUAUGAUUUAACUGUUGUUGCUGCGAUGUGCAGCCUCGCUUGUACUGUAUAUAUACAAGAUAGUUGUAUUGCACUUCUACUGGCCCACUUCAAUUUGUGUGUUGUGUUUUGUACAUACAUUGAGGCAAGCUUGUUUACAGCUUGAGGCUGGCUGACAAAUGACAUGUAUCUUGUAUUAGUUGCGCAGCUUUAUGGAACUGCUGAACAUAAACACAUUUUGUGACUGAAA